AGCAUCAUCCCGCCAUCACUCAGUCAAUCCCACACCCCACCAUCCCUCCAUUCGUCGUCGAUAGAGCCAACAAUCACUGGGGAAAGACUACCAAAUUCAUCCAGACCUACACCCCAAGGAAGAAGGAAAAUGUUUCGACGGGCAAUUAUUCAGGGAACCCGACAAUUCAGUUCCGCCAGCCGUGUAGGCGUCCUUCCCUCGGUCCGGCAAUGGCAAACAGCAACCCCCCCAUGUGCCCCCAUACGGAGGGGAUACUCCACCGAGCAGACGACAAAUACACCACCAGAGGAGAACAGAAAUGGGCCGACCCCAGCAGCAUCAGAACUCCAGGCAGAGGCCCACCAACGGCCAUCACCAAAAGACACCGAACUAACCAAAGAAAUCGAGACCCUAAAGAAAGACCUUGAGGAGAGAGCUAAAGAAGCCAAAGACUACAGGGUACCCCCCUUCCCUUUCCCCUCUUCCAAAGCACCCGAUCUAACAAACCCCCCCCCCUUCCCCUCACCAGGACAGGUUUCAGCGCGCGGUAGCCGACUUCCGCAAUCUGCAGGACCGCACGGAGCGCGAGAAGAAGAUAGCCAGGGACUUUGCCAUACAAAAGUUUGCUAAGGACCUCGUCGAGUCGGUCGACAACCUCGACCGCGCACUUUCCGCCGUCCCGGCCGAGAGCAGGACUGAGGAGAACAAGGACCUGAUGAACCUAUACAAUGGCCUGAAGAUGACGGAGGAGAUACUCUUGAGCACGCUCAAACGCCACGGAAUCGAGAAGGUUGACCCCAUGGGCGAGGCGUUCGAUCCGAAUAAGCAUGAGGCCGUGUUCCAGGUCCCCAUGAGGGAUAAGGAGCCCGGCACUGUGUUUGAUGUGCAGCAGAUUGGGUUCGCACUUAAUGGGAGGACUAUUAGGGUGUGUUUUUAUUCAUUUAUUUAUGUCUUUUUUUGGGAAUCUUGGGGAUGGUUAUGCUAACAAUGUCCCGUAAUAGGCUGCAAAAGUAGGAAUAGUCGCCGCCGCCGCAAAAUAAAGCGUAUUUUACGGAAAUUUGA